AUGACCCGGCGAACUCCUGUACCAAAACAACAUCGCCAGGAGAACACAGGCUGUUUCUCUCACUGUCUUUCCCGCGCAGUCGGUCUCUUCUAUGCGUCACUCGCUAUCUGGCCAGUCUAUUCCACACCCGAAAUUCCUGGUCGCAUAGCGAAUCUGGGUUCUGGUCCCCCUAGAUUGCCUGAUCCGUGUGUUUGGGUCCACAUCUGUGCAAACAAGGACGCUGCAGGUCCAAAUAAUAUGCGACUAUCGUUACUUCGGCCUCAAACAGGCCAUCGGCCUUCGCUCCUGCUGCUGUUAUUGUUUCUCGUCAUCUUCAUAGUAUCCCAUACCUCAGCGCAAGCCACCUCGGUCGACGCAGCGACUACCGCGGCAGACAAUGCUGCUACACAACCAACCGACGGCCCAACGGCCGCAACAACGGACACUGACAUGCCAAAAUUGACCACGGCGUCUGGACCCUCUGAGACCUCUGAGGCCUCUGGAUCAUCUGGGUCCUCCCGAUCCACAGACACUGGAAUGCCGUCAUUGACAACGGACACCGCUAUGCCAACGCUGACCUCCGAUACUGAGAUGCCGACAUUGUCAAGCACAGACAGCUCGGCCGCCACAUCAUCAUUCCAAGUCCCGGUGGUGACUGUACCUCCCAUGGAGGGCGCACCAUAUUUACGCAAAUCGAAUACCCCCGAAGGCACCCUCUUCAUUGCCGUAGGCUCAGCAUUAGGGGCAAUUGCCCUUGCUGUCCUUGCUUGGCGUGCACUGGUGGCGUGGUCUGUGAAUCGGUCUGUCCGUCGCGCCGCUAUGCUCAAUGCAUUAGAGUCAAAGAGAUUCCUUCGUAAGAAGAAGAAGAGAAGGACUGCCACCGCCGCCGCCGCCGCCUCUGCGUCGUAUCCAAUGACGUCCCCAUCCACGCUUGGGGUUGCUGGAAGCGAUCUUUCCAGUUACAUUGGUCCCAAGGCCCCGGGCUCCAACAGCGGACUAUUCUUUUCUCCAACUGCAGGACCAGGAUAUCAUCAACCGGGAACCAGAACCUCCACCUACCUUCCCGCUGGAUAUUAUGCCGCCGGCCCCGCCAUCCCUGGUGCUCAUGGCUCGUCAUUGAGAAACCCUAGUCCACCUGGGUCACCAGCCCCGCCUUCUAGCGCCGGAUUGGAUUCCCAGUACAAUACGCAUAGACGGUCCUCUUUCGUGGCAUCGAUGAGCUCGUUGAACUUAACUUCCGCGCCCCAGGGAAGGGCACCUAGUGCGUACUUGGAUGACCUAUUUGAUAAUCACGGCCAGCAACAUAGGUGA